AUGCUCCUCCGAGUUCUUCCUCUCCUGCGCGGCCCCCGCGGGGCAUCUUUCUCGUCGUCCUCGUCCCCGACAGCGGCGGCGGCGGGGAAGAUCCUCGAGAUUGGGAGCGUGUUGAGCCUGUCGAGACGGUUCUCAGAGGCGGACGUGUUGGCGUACUCGAAGGUCAGCUGGGACACGAAUCCCGUCCACUUCGACCCGGAGGUCGCGUCUGGAGUCGCCGGAUUCCUCGGCCCGAUCGUUCACGGCAUGCUCGUCGCCUCCCUCUUCCCCCGGAUCGUCGCCUCCCACUUCGUAAGCUCCCUCUCGAUCUUGAUCCGUGCAGACGGCAUUUGAAUUAAUUCAGGCAUCUUGUCUCAAUCGACUGGAUGAAACGAUGGGGACGAAGAUCUUACUUAACUCGGCCGUUCCCGCUGCAAUCUCUCGAUCGAGAUUUCUGUUUGGGUGGUUACUUCUGCGGAUUGAGGACGAGAAGCGGUGAAGCUCUCGGCCAAAGAACCUGCUCACAUCUUCGCGUUCGUUUUUGAAUCCACAGCCGGGGGCCAUCUACGUCUCGCAGACGCUGCAAUUCAAAUUGCCGGUGUACAUCGACGAGGAGAUCACCGCACAGAUUCAACCGGUCGGCAUCAGGGAGAUCAAGAAGCGAUUCAUGUACGCCCCCGAAACCUCCAUCGGUUUCGCUCUUCUUUCUGUUCUGAUUGUUUGCCCUCCCUGACGCUCGUCAAUCCAUCCCACCAGCGCGAAGUUCUCUACCAAGUGCUUCAGAGACGGCGGGGAGACGCCCGUUCUCGACGGCCACGCUACGGUGAUCCUGCCGACCUUGACGUUGAAAUCAUGGCCGGCGACCUGA